AUGCGAAAAUUUGUAUCUAUUCUUGUACUUAUCUAUGUAGCCGCACAUAUUUUCUAUUUCAUCUACUCAGUCACGCAUGUUUCCUACACAAGAAGAGAGCUAUCGAAACGAGAGCUAUCCGACGGUCCGUUAGUUCUCAAAGAAGGCGUACGAGUAGUUGCGGGCAAAGCGAUUGGAUCUGCGAAAAAAUCGAAAGGGAAAAUUACAAAGUUGACGAAAAAGGCGUCAGAGAAUCAACGAGCAAAGGUGAACUCCCAACAACUGGAACUCGAGCCUGAGUUUGUGAAAGAAUUGGUUGAAAAAGCGGUGAAGAUAUAUGCAGAAUAUCGUUUGAUCUACUUCACUGUGGUGAAUGGAGCAUUUGAGAGGUUGAUGCUAAAUUGGCUGUGUAACGUAGUCGAAUUUCAGGGCACCUACGAACGUCUCCUGAUCGUUUCCACGUCCAAAAAACUUUGCGACAGUGUGCGUCAAGAAUAUGGAGAGGCUAUAAUGUGUAUGUUCUUGAGUCUUCCUGGUUUUGAAGAGGAUCUGGAUUGGGGCGAACGUAAAUACAUAACAUUUCUUGCAAUCAGAACGAAGUUGAUGAAGAUUCUGGCCGAGCGUUCUGUUCGUUUUGCUCUUAUCGAAGCGGACUCGACAUGGUUCCGUGAUCCUACGGAUUUAUUCCUGAACGCGACCUUAAUUGAUGACGCUGAUGUGGUAGUGCCAAUAAAAGGUCAUACUCAUAGGGGUGAUAUUUUGGCGUUCAGUCCAAUGUUAGUCGAACCAACCAAUACAACGGUGGUAUUAUUUGAAGAGAUGAACAAACGUCUACAAGGAAACGAUUCUUUGUAUGAUCAGGAUGUUUUAAACGAAAUAUGUUCCGUACAAUUUCAUGGUGUGAUCUGUCGGAAUUUUGAAUACAACGAAAUAGCGGAUGGAAAAUGGUAG